GCAGGGCAGGAGUUCACGACUCUCCUUUGUGCUAGAAUAUUAAGAGCGAUCUGUCUGUGCUUACACUGCGGAGAGUUUUACGAGCUGCCUAAAUCAGAAAACUGAAAGCUGUUCCCCAUACGUGUAACGCCCAGCCGCCAGCUCAGGAAGUCCGUGUUUUGAAAGUCCGUGUCGUUGCAGAGGAACCUCGCCCAGCAGCCCGGCUAGAUCCGGAGAGCUGCAGCCGCACGGGAGCGCGCAGCCGUGCCGGGCAGGGCCCGCAGCCAUGGCGCGGCUCCGCGCUGCUCCCGCCGCGCUGCUCGGCCCCCUCGCCCUGCUGGCCGCCGUCUCCCUGGCUGUGGACCAUGUACCGAUGCUGCUUUGGUCAACUCAGAGAUCACAGUGGAAUCCAGACACUGCUUUGCAUGAAGGUCACAUUGUCUCGGCACAAGAGCUGACUGUGCUCUUAAAACCUUUUUUUGACCAGAAUUCCAGAAACCUCAUCUUAUUCCUGCAAGAUACACUUAGCAUAGAUGAUUUCACAUACCUCAGUGAAUCCUACGGUAACAAGAAUCCAUUUCAGAAUAUUCAGGAAAUUCUUCAGUCUUCUCCUUCAUCAUUAGUUUUACCAGCUGUUGACUGCAUGGCUACCAAGUAUCUUCUGAGAUCACUUCAGGAAUCAGGAGAUUGGAAGUUAACAAAUAUAACUAAUCUCGAUGUGUCUCAGCUGCAAGUGAAUACAUCUAAACCAAACCUACUGGUGGUUCAGCUGCAACCACUUGUCAGUGGUUUAAAUGAGAUUUCCACCCUGGAAGCAAUUGCUGAAAAUGACAAAAUAAUUGGAAGACUGACCAUGGAUCUGCAGGAACGAGGGAUUCAUUUUUCAGUAAUUUAUACUGCAGUGAGGCCUUCAAGGAUUUCUAGAAGAACUGAUGUGGUGUGGGAAUUAAGACGACAAUUAAUGGCCACUGAGGAAGAAGACAGUUUAUCAUAUCCUCCUCUUAAUGUGACCACUGGAAAUGAUACAUGCAUCCUUUAUUAUGCUGGAAAUUUCAGCCUCAGAGCCAACAAUUCAGUUCUUAUAGAUUUGACAAAUGCGACAUUUGUAACCCGGAAUGUGGAUAUUUCUUCCUCUGAGUGCUCAGACAGCAACACAACACUGUCAUUAAAAUACACAAGGCCAGUGAAUGGAAUCAGCAGCCUAGAGAUAAGGUUUUUAAUGACCAACAAGUUCUAUGGAGGCUCAGCUCGAAAUUGGUCCACUUUAGAUUCAGUUGAGAUUGUGCAAGAUGGAGAAAUGUUUGCUAAAUUUAGUGUUUCUGUCAUCUCUGCUCCUGCAGAGUAUUCAUUUCAUUGUCAGCUGGUGGGAACAAGCAAUCUCUAUUCUGCAAGGCUGAUUCCAUCCAACAAUGAGGCAAAAAACUGGGAUGUUUUCAUUUCCAAGUUUCAAAUUCAAGGUUUCAACAUUGAAAACAACCAAUUUUCCUAUGCAAGUGACUGUACAGGUUUCUUCACUCCUGGAAUCUGGAUGGGCUUAGUGACAUCCAUACUUCUGCUGUGGAUCCUGACCUAUGGAAUCCAUAUGAUCAUGCAGCUCACAACAAACAACAGAUUUGAUGAUCCCAAAGGUCCAGCCCUGUCAGUUCCUCAGACAGAGUAGCCAUAGAUUAACUUAAUGCUGCUAUGGCUUUUCCUGGUCUGAUACCUAUGAUUUUUAUAACCUUUCUGCUUCAUAAUAUGUGUAAACUAAAAAGAUAGCAUAGCAGAAAGGGAUAAUUUAACUAUUUAUAAAAAGGAUCCUUAUGUUUGGCAACAAUAAUAAUCCUACUUGCUAUUACCAUCAUUUGUUAACAGCUCUCUGUGUUAAGGGUCCAAGGUGAGGCUGUAGAGGUUAUUACUUUUAUGUGGCUAUGGAAAAGACCAUUACAAACUACCUUCAGAUUAACUACUAUUGGCAGAGAAAGGAUAGCACAACACAGAUAAAUGGCAAGGAUAAAUAACUUCUGUAUAGGAAGCAAUGUAUUGAAACUACUGGUGUCUCUAAAGGCUCUUUAGUAAGUAUGUCAUGUUGAUGCUACAUCUUAAGAAGGGUGAACAUUUUGUCAGUUUUUCUCUUGAGAAAACCAUCCAGAAAUGUAUGGAACUAAUAAAGUAUAAGUAACUAAGAAAA